GUGUACAUGGGAUCACUUCCUAAUGGCAAGUACUCUCCGGAAACUCAUCAUUCUACCAUGCUUCAAGAUGUUGUUGGGGCAAGUUUCGAAAAAAAUAUAUUGAUAAGAAGUUACAAGAGUUUCAGUGGAUUUUCAGCCAAGAUCACUGAUUCUGAGAGACAGAAGCUGGCUGAAAUGAAAGGAGUAGUCUCAGUUUUUCCAAGUAGAAUUUAUCAGCUCCACACUACAAGAUCUUGGGGCUUCAUGGGAUUCAAUAAGACAACUGAUCACAGGCUCCGUAAUCAAAGAAAGGAGAGAGAGCUUGUGGUUGGUGUUAUUGACAACGGAAUCUGGCCUGAAUCACAAAGCUUCAACGACAAAGGUUUUCGCCCUCCUCCAAAGAAUUGGAAGGGUGUUUGUAAGGGCGGAAAAAAUUUCACUUGUAACAACAAAAUUGUUGGAGCGCGAUAUUAUAUUACAGAUUCAGUAAGGGAUACUAAUGGUCAUGGAUCCCAUACUGCUUCAACAGCAGCUGGAAACCAAGUGAGAAAUGUAAGUUUUUAUGGCCUUGCCCAAGGUACUGCAAGAGGAGGUGUCCCUUCUGCGAGAAUUGCUGCAUAUAAAGUUUGCAAUGGAACUAGAUGUUAUUCAGACGCUAUCAUGGCUGCUUUUGAUGAUGCUAUUGCUGAUGGAGUUGAUGUUAUAUCAAUUUCCAUAGGAGGAGACGGUGCUUUUGCUUUUACCGAUGAUCCUAUUGCAAUUGGCGCUUUUCAUGCCAUGACAAAAGGAAUUAUAACAGUGCAGUCUGCUGGAAAUUCUGGUCCGGACAGAUUUUCAGUUGGUAGUGUGGCACCGUGGAUUCUUACUGCUGCAGCAACCACCAUUGAUCGUUCAUUCAUAGACAAAGUUGUUCUUGGAAAUGGAAAGACUUUAGGCAAAUCAAUUAAUUCCUUUAGCCUACAAGGAGUAAAAUACCCUUUGGUAUAUGGGGAAAACGUAACCAAGAACUGCUCUGCUCAAAGUGGAAAGAUGUGCAAUGAAGGAUGUAUAGACAGUGCUUUAGUAAAGGGAAAAAUUGUGCUGUGUGAUAUAGAGAAAGGAUCCUUCGCUGUUCGUGGAGCUGGAGGUGUGGGAUCAGUACUUGUUGACCCAAAUUCUGAGAAGGUUUCCGAGAUAUACUCUUUACCGGCAUCAGUUUUACUACCUGACGACUAUGAAAGAGUCAAGACAUACCUAAAAACAGCGAACAACCCUGUAGCAGAAAUACUAAAAAGUGAGACCAUAGAAAAUUUAAAUGCUCCAAUCAUCGCCUUUUUUUCUUCACGUGGGCCAAACUCAAUAUUACCCGACAUCAUAAAGCCAGAUUUAACAGCUCCAGGGGUGGAUAUCUUGGCAGCCUAUUCCCCUCUUGGUUCAAUCACAGGUGAUUAUUUAGACAAGCGGCGAGUAGGUUACAAUAUAUUGUCCGGAACCUCCAUGGCUUCCCCUCAUGUUUCUGGGGCUGCGGCUUAUGUCAAGUCAUUUCACCCUGAUUGGUCUCCUUCAGCCAUCAAAUCUGCUCUAAUGACAACUGCUUGGAAAAUGACACGUUUCAAAAAUGCUGAUGCUGAAUUUGCCUUAUGGAUCUGGGCAUAUCAAUCCUUACAAGCCGUUGAUCCCGGCCUAAUAUAUGAAGCUGGUAAAGAGGAUUAUAUAAAAAUUCUUUGUUCCUCGGGCUACAAUUCGAGUCAGAUAAAACAGUUAGCAGGAGACAAUAGCACUUGUAAAAGGGCUGAUCAUAAGUCAUUAGUCAGUAAUCUAAACUAUCCUUCAAUGGCUAUCAAGAUUGCUGAACCACGAAAGCCAUUUAGGAUAGUUUUUCAUCGAACUGUUACAAAUGUUGGCCGCACAAACACCACUUACAAAGCAGUCAUCUCCUUGAAUCCAAAUGUUAAUUUCAAAGUGGUGCCUCGAGUUCUCUCUUUCAAGUCUUUGAAUCAGAAGAAGUCUUUCAAAGUUAAGGUUUCUGCAAAUAAAUUGAAAAAGCCAGUGCAUGAAUCUUUGGUCUGGUUCGAUAAUUUCGGUCACAACGUAAGGAGUCCCAUUAUUGUGUAUUGA